AAUUUCAGUUUUAAGUAAAAGAAUAAUAUUUCUAAAAUAGUUCAUAAGAAGUUCUUUUAACGUAACUCAUUGAUCAGUUAAAAAUUUUAUGAAUUUUUAUAGGCAAAGAAACGCAAAUUAAUUCAUUAAUUAUUUUUCAAAACCAAACAUACUCAAUGUAUAAUUGCACUUUUCCCUAUCAGCCUAUGUUUUGCUACUAUCCAAUGCAAACUUACACUCCGUACAUUAUAUACCCAUAAUAAAUUGUUGUUUAAACCUAAAUUUAACCAAGAGAAUAAGAAGUAUCAAACAAUAAUUGUUUUAAUAACUCAACUAAACAACAUUUUGAAGAAACAAAACCACCUGAAUCAUAAGAUAAUGGAGAUUUAGAUUUGGAUGUAGAAUAUUCAGAUGAAAAAGAUGAAGAUUAUAGGGCAACAGGCUUGAAUGAGAAUUAAGAAAAAAGUUAUGCUGUUAAUUAAUUGAAUGGAUCAACUAAUAUAUAAAAAAACUAUGCUAAAGCAGUGAUUUUAUAUAUAAAACAAUAAAAUGCAGUUGUAGUAGCUCAAUUAGGAGAAAAAAAAGCAUUUAAGUUCUAUCGAGUUGUAAAAAAAAUGUAAAACAAUAUCAGAAAUCUGACACAUGUUAAUAAAUAUACAAGAGAUGAAGAUUUCAUUAAACUUUUUAGGAUAUUGUGGUAUAAAUAUAUAAUUAGCUUUUAGUAACAAAUUCUUAAGAAAAGACUACAUCAGUUAUAUUUAUAAUUCAAAAAUCUAAUAGAAGACUAGCCAUUUAAAAGGCAAGCACAUUAUUAGAAAAAACCUUUUCAAAAUUUGA